GGUUUGUUUGAAUUAAUCGCUCUGGUUUUCUAAACGCGUGAAUGGGCGUCUGCAUCCUUGGACCGCACCGCAUCACACAACAGAGGAUGGAGAGGAGAAAGAGUAUGUCGGUUUCGCCACCCUCCCAAACCAAGUGCACAGGAAGUCGGUUAAAAAAGGCUUUGAUUUCACACUCAUGGUGGCAGGGGAGUCCGGUCUGGGAAAGUCCACCCUGGUCAGCAGCUUGUUCCUCACAGAUUUAUACAAGGACAGGAAGCUACUGAAUGCUGAAGAGCGCAUUAAUCAGACAGUGGAGAUCAUCAAACACACUGUUGACAUUGAAGAAAAAGGUGUUAAGCUGAAAUUGACCAUUGUGGACACACCGGGUUUUGGAGACGCUGUUAAUAAUACAGAGUGCUGGAAAGCCAUUACUGACUAUGUCGACCAGCAGUUUGAGCAGUACUUUCGAGAUGAAAGCGGCUUGAACAGAAAGAAUAUCCAGGAUAACCGUGUACAUUGCUGCCUGUACUUCAUCCCUCCGUUUGGACAUGGAUUGAGGCCAGUGGAUGUGGAGUUUAUGAAGGCGCUACAGGACAAGGUCAACGUGGUUCCACUCAUUUCCAAGGCUGACUGUCUGACACCAGCAGAGAUGAGGAAGAUGAAGGACAGGGUGAGAGAGGAAAUUGAGAAGUUUGGAAUCAAAGUGUACCAGUUCCCAGACUGCGAUUCCGAUGAGGAUGAGGAGUUUAAACAACAGGACCAAGAACUGAAGGAAUGCACCCCAUUUGCCGUGAUUGGGAGCAACACAAUAGUGGAUGUCAAAGGUCAACGUGUGAGAGGGAGACUUUACCCAUGGGGCAUUGUGGAAGUGGAGAAUCAGUCCCAUUGUGAUUUCGUCAAGCUGAGAAACGUGUUGAUUCGCUCACACAUGCAUGACCUGAAAGACAUUACAUGUGACGUGCACUAUGAAAACUACCGGGCACAGUGCAUACAGCAAAUGACAAGCAAACUGGCCCAGGACAAUCGUGUGGAGAGCCCCGUCCCUAUACCACUGUCCACCCCUGAUGUAGAGACAGAGAAGCUUAUAAAGAUGAAAGAUGAAGAGUUGCGGAGAAUGCAGGAGAUGCUUCUGAAAAUGCAACAGCAGAUGCAUGAACAGGACCUGUGAACGAAGCCCAAUCAGCAGAGAUUUAACUUCUGCUUGUCGACAAUUUUACACAAGCAAACAUCACACUUCAACAACACACUGAAAGUUAAGAGAGAUAGGAGAUGGGAGCAAAUACAAAUUUUUGUAUGCAAGGGUGUAGAUUUGGAUUAUACGCUGUUUUAUAAGCAUUUGUAUGUUUCCAUUGAUCAUGGUAUAAAUAUUGGUUGGGGGUUGUAAUUGCUUGUUUUUAUUAUUGGGGGGGUGUUACCUCCCCCCGUCCCCCAACGGAAUCUACGCCCCUGUUUGUAUGUUAGGACGCAGUACACUGAUAUGAAAGCAUGGGUUGAGCACUACAGUUUCAACAGGGUCUAGAUUUCUAAAGCAAGUUCUAAGUUGAAAUAUUUAGUCACAAAAAUCUUGUGAUCAAUUUGAAUUGUUUUCACACUUUGUACAGACUACAUGGUUCUUUAUGACUGUUUCCAUGGCAAUGACUUCUUAAUGCACAAGUAGUCAUCAGACAUUAGUCUUGUUCUUUUGCUUAGAGUUUUUGUUUACAAUUAUGUGUGUUACCCAAUUUUUGUAUGCUUAGUUUUUCAUGAGUGUGCGUGUAUGUGUGUGCAUCUGUGCCGAUUUGCUUAAAACUAAGUAUUUAGGUGAUUUUAAACAUUUUGUAGCUGCAACACCAACAGUUAAUAAUGAUCAAAAUAUUGUAGCUGUAUUGUAGCAAAACUACUAUGCUAUGGAGCAUCGUUAAUCAGUAAUAUAUACUUUCUUCACGAGAUGUAUUUAUUUUUAUUGUGGUCUUUAAAGGCCUUAUCAGAGCACGCUUCAGUUGCAAACUUGAAUUGGGAACGAUUACUGCACUAACUCCAAUUUUAGAGUUGCUGAGAAUUGCUAAGAUUUUUCUCUUAAAGAGACAACCUUUUCUCUGCUUUCUUUAGUAUAUCAUUUAUAGAUGGUUUAGUCAUAAUAGGCCACUUAUAAGAGCAAAAUGCCUGUCCUAAAAUUCAAAAUUAUUCAUGACAUUUAGCACUGAUGUAACAUCAAAUAUAUAAUCACAAAACCAGAUACUGGACCAUCUUUGACUAGGGAGGCUCUUAUGUUUUUUUUUUAUAUCACUUGAAUGUGUAGUUUUAGAUGGAUGCAAUGAGGUUUCAAUAUGUAUGCCCUGUAUGUGUUUAGUCAAGCUAUUCCCAUGAGCAUGAUAAAUACACCAUAAAAACCUUGUAUAUCUCUAGAAAUGUAUGUUUAAUUUCUCUUUCAGGAGGCAAAUGCAGCUAUUUCACUGUUAUUAUUAAUUAAUUGUGAUAAACGUUUC